UUUACGCGGUUAUCAUUUACGUAACAGCUCACUUGGUGUACACAAGAACCCGUUAUGAAAACGGUAGAUAGUCUAAACAGAGAAAUCACGUCUAACAGGAAGUAGAACUUACUGAAGCAGUUUGUCAGGACUUAAAUCUUAAAAUAAUCGGAUGGGAUACACAAGAAAGCUAUCCGCUGCUCUCUUAGUCUUGUUUGUGGUUCCUGUCACAAGGCAGCUGUUCUUGAAUGGGAAUGGUCCUGUCCAGACAACCUCCGCUAUUGAUAUAAGUAAAGGAUUUUCAUUUGAAUUUAGGACUUGCAGUUCUGGAAGGUUAUUGUAUCAGGGCAAUAGCACCUCCUAUUUUGAAGUGACUUUAACAUCAACAAACAUAACUAGCUUUAGCAGUUUGGUUUUCUCUUGGAGACAUGGAGACCAUAAAGAACAUCACAUUCUUCAAAGCUAUUUCUCAUUGGAUAGAAACAGUCAGGUAGCUGUGAAUUUUAUAGUAAGAAUUGGCCAAGCACCUGUUUUUAGAGUGUCAAGUCCUAUAGAUGUAAAUAAAACAAUUUCAAAUUACUCAUCUUUAAUGAGAAUAAAGGAUUCUGGUCCACUUUUACUUGGACCAAAUGGGUACACUGGCUGUUUGUUUGAUGGAAAAGGAGUAAAUUUGUCUGCUGCCUUGAACCUUUCAAAGUUUCAGUCUAACUGUCCUUGGGCGGAUGGAUUCCCCUGUGCUGAAAAAGUUUGUCCUUCUGGCUUUGCUGGUCAGUAUUGCAAUAAAAAUAUCAAUGAAUGUGGCUCACAUCCAUGUCAUUCGUUUGCAACCUGUAUUGAUGGGAUUAAUAGCUACAAAUGUAUCUGUGGACCACAAUGGACUGGACCAACAUGUGCAACAUUCCUUGGCUCUUUAUGUAGUCCAUCGCCUUGUAAAAAUGGUGGAGUUUGUCAAGAGUCAUAUGAUAGGAAUAACUACUCUUGUAUUUGCCCGAAAGGAUACACUGGUAGAAACUGUGAAAACAUUUCCUAUCCAUGCACCACCAAUCCAUGUUUAAAUGGGGGCCAUUGCUACAACUGGACAAUGCCUGGUGCUGUUUUUGAGUACAAUUGUUCUUGUAUGCAAGGCUUCAAAGGUAUUCAUUGCGAAUUGAAUAUUGAUGACUGUUCCAGCCAUCCAUGCCAUAGAGGGGUUUGCAUUGAUGGAAUUAACAACUUCACUUGCAAUUGUUCUGGAAGUGGAUUCAAAGGCAGUCGCUGCGCAGACGACAUUAACGAGUGCAUUACCGCAAUGCCUUGUAGAAAUAAUGGAACGUGCAAGAACACCUAUGGUGGAUUCGAAUGCAGCUGUAAAACAGGUUACACUGGUCAAGUUUGUGAAUCUGAUGUCCAUGAGUGCAAGGAUUCUCCUUGCUUAAACAACGGAAUGUGCCAGGAGAGGGUUGGUCACUACCAGUGUGACUGUCCGCCAGGAUACACCGGACAGAACUGUGAAACUAAUGUAAACGAGUGUAAAGGAGUCAGUUGUGGAAAUGGAUCUUGUGUUGACCUUAUAAAUGGUUAUUCUUGUGGCUGCCUUGUUGGUUAUACUGGAAAACACUGUGAAACCAAUAUAAAUGACUGUAUCAGCAGCCCUUGCUUGAACAACGGAACAUGUAUUGAUCAAGUCAAUGGGUACCAAUGUCAGUGUCUUGGUGCAUUCAAUGGCACACAUUGUGAAAUAUGGAAUGACUUAUGCAGAACUUCCCAGUGUCUAAACAACGCAAUAUGCAUCCCCAAGAAUGAUACAGUGGCUGGAUUUGAAUGCAAUUGUACUGGAACAGGGCACGCAGGUCCACUCUGUCAAUUUGUUCCUGGUUUGUGCUAUCCUGUGAAUCCCUGCAAACACGGAAAGUGUAAUGAUUUUGGCUCGUUUUAUAACUGUACGUGUGAUAGUGGUUACGAAGGGGUCAAUUGUUCUAUGGAUAUAAAUGAGUGUGUUGCAUCUCCAUGUCAGUACUCCAGUACUUGCCAUAAUACCCCCGGAUCGUAUUAUUGCACGUGUACACCAUACAGUACUGGAAAAAACUGCGAGACUGAUGUUGUGAAAUGUACACCAGCUUGUCAAAACGGAGGUGUCUGUCAAAAUUGGAUAGGAAUAAGAGAUGUUUGCCUCUGCCCUGGUGGUUGGAUGGGAAAUGCCUGCGAGCGGCGAAUUGAUUACUGCGCUACCGACAAACCGUUCUGUGGAAAUGGAAGUUGCAGUAACUACUACUCUAACAGUGAAAACUAUGCAGUAUGCAUUUGCAACGAAGGCUAUACUGGGAGUAACUGCACCAUUGAUCUUGAUGAAUGUGCCCUUGGCUAUUGCAAAAACAGUCUGUCUUGUAAGAAUAGCGUUGGCAGUUAUAGCUGUUCAUGUAGUCCUGGCUAUGGAGGCAAGAACUGCUCUGGGAAUAUCAAUGAAUGUGCCAGUGGUCCGUGCAGAAACAAUGGUACAUGUGUGGAUGAGGUUAAUGGGUACCGUUGUCACUGUAGGUAUGGCUUCAAUGGUAGCAACUGUCAAAAUGACAUCGAUUGGUGCCUGAGCAGCCCAUGCACCAAUAAUGCCAGCUGUACAGAUGGCAUCGAGACAUACAACUGCACUUGCCCCAAGGGUUUUAUUGGCAGGAACUGUGAAAUUGAUAUCAAUGAAUGCAGAUCGAAUCCGUGCCUUUUUGGAGGGACCUGUAUCGAAAGAUCGAACCUUACUGCUCUUGCUAUCAAUGGAAAAUUAACAAAUGAUUUGAAGAAUAGCUAUGCAAACAGGCAUGGGUACAUUUGCUUAUGCAAGCCAGGCUUUAUGGGAGUCAAUUGUGCUACUAAUGUAAAUGAAUGUCAGCCUAAUCCUUGCCAAAACAAUGCAACAUGCACAGACCUUGUUAAUGCCUAUAACUGCACAUGCCAGCCUGGAUACACAGGAAAAAACUGUUCUAUAAAUAUUGACGAAUGUGCUUCAAGUCCAUGCCAGAACAAUGCUACAUGUGUGGAUCUGGUUAAUAGUUAUAGCUGCAAUUGUAAAGCAAAGUACACAGGUAUGAGAUGCGAGAAUGCAGUCAACCAAUGUGUUGUCAAAGACCCCUGUAUAAAUGGUGGUGUGUGCCACCAAAUCGGUACUAACUAUAACUGUACUUGCCCUGUUGGUUUUACUGGUAAAAACUGCUCAGUGAAUACCACAGUAGAAUUUGAUGGCAAUGCAAACUGGACAUUGACUAGCAAUGUUAGAAAGAUUGAUUUUGCAUUUAGGACUACGCUCAAUAAAGGUUUGCUUGUACAGUUCUUAUCAGCAAGUGGAAGCUUAUAUCUAGGAUUAAGUAGCGAGGGUGUAGUUGUGGCAACUGAAACUGGAUCAAGCACUGCUUACAUCAUCAGCACUGUUAGUGAUGGCGCAUGGCAUAGUAUAACUGUGUUGUUAGACCAGAAAUCUAUGAAUUUUUCCAUCGAUGGCAAACAUUUUCGUCAUGCCUCAGGGAUCGCAAAUAUUAUCCAAUUGCAUUUUGGCAAAGCGAAUACUUCAUCAUCAAAAAUCAGUGGAUCAUUUCCUAGCUAUGUUGGCUGUAUCCGUGAUUUGAAAACUGACGGGAAAGACAUGGUACCUGGACAGGACGGUCAGCUGAGCGGGGGAAAGAUUGGCACUUGUACAUGGAAGAAAUUUUGCCAAAAGUCGCCCUGUGUGAAUGGUGGAGCAUGCUCAGACCAAUGGAAUAAAUACACCUGCAAGUGUAAUCGUCGCUUUUUUGGAUCUAAUUGCGAGAAAGUGUACGAUGCUUUUACAUUUGGUGCAGUUCCUGUCAUAAAACCCAUCCCGCCGCCUACGUCAUCAACAAACACAAGUCGUAGACGUAGAUCUGUGUCCAGCCCUGGAGGAAACCAGACUAGUUUCGUCCUGUCUGUCGUUAAUACUACCUUCAAUUCCGAAUCCAAAAUUUCCCUGUCAUUACGUACUAGGGCAUCAAAUGGUAUACUAUUUCUCUUAUCAAGUAACAGUCCAAGUUCGCGUACGGGGAGUGUUCAAUCCUAUCUAACACUGCAAAUGAUAAAUGGUGCCUUGUUUUUCAAAUUCGCUCAUCAAAGUGAAUCGAAAUCGCAAAAUACAAACCGGUUAGUCAAUGAUGGCGUUUGGCAUGAUAUUAGUGUCAACAAGCAAAAUAUAACCGUGGAUAAUACAGUAAUACAUUCACCAGGAAUAGCCACUGACAUGCCAGCUCGAUAUUUUUACGUCGGAGGGGUGGAUAAUGCAACGUUCUUCGCAAGUGCAUUAGAAACAAGUACCCAGUAUAGCGGGUGCUUGCAAGCUAUAUCACUGAACGGAGCAACGCUGACAGCCAGUCCGGUUAGUGGUGGCGGCUCAACACACAAUGUUAGCAGUAGUAAUGCUCAGGCAGGCUGCAAUGGGACAGAUGUGUGUGGUAACAACCCAUGCAAUAAUGGUGGCAACUGCACUGAUCACUGGAAUGCAUAUAGUUGUACGUGUCCAAAGGGUUAUUCUGGUGACACCUGCUCUCUUUCCGGUUGCUCGGUUAGAAAUCCAUGCCCGAAGGAUUCGAUGUGUUUUGAUCUAUCUUCAAGAAAUGUAACGUGUGUCAUUCCAAGAACCUUCAAUGGCAGCACCAGUCGAGCAGCCUUUAACAGUUUAAAAGUGGCUAAUGCAUCGACUUUAUCUUUCUCUCUACGAACUCGUAGUUCCACCGCCAUAAUAAUGGGGUCCUACAGCAAUAAUAGCCAUUAUGUUGCGAUUGGCCUAAAUGAAGGCAGGGUUGAGCUUGUAUAUCGGAAUUGGUCAAUGUCAACUGAAAGCAGAAUUACAGGGGCACGCAAAGUGAAUGAUGGGGCUUGGUAUCACAUUGAAUUCAAUACGGCAAUCUCGACGACCAUAGCUAUCAACUACACUCUGGAUGCUACUAAAAGUGGUAAUGUCUUUGGUGAAAAUUUCAAGACUUUAUUGGACACAAGCGGCAUUACAAUUGGAAGCAUCGCAACACCUUCUCUAACUUCUAAAUUUAAUAACACCGUUUUCAUUGGCUGCUUUGCGAAAUUUAUGAUUGGAAAUGAACUGAUAAGUAUGAACACUUCUGUGAACGUUGGUUUGAUUGACGGUUGUCAUAGUUCGAAUCCCUGUAUUCAUAAACCCUGUGGUAGUGGCCAGUGCCUUGACACUUUCAACAGCUAUAGAUGUGUAUGUCCUCCUUAUUAUACAGGAGAGAAAUGCAAUAGUACCCAUAAUGUCGAUUGUGGCUUUAAAUCUGAUCUGUGUCAUCCAAGCUCUACUUGUGUAAAUCUGACUUCUGCGCAGCCGCGGGUGUUUAGUAUGUCUGGAAAUGAUAUGUUCCGCUGUAAUUGUGCUUCCGGUUACGCGGGAUAUCGGUGUUUCACUCUUGUGAAUUUGUGCACGCCAAACCCUUGUGUUAACGGAACAUGUGAACCGUUAACUGGUGAUUACAAUUGCAGAUGUACGAGUGGAUAUGCUGGUAAAAAUUGUUCUUUGAAUAUUGAUGAAUGCGCGUCGAAUCCAUGCCAAAACGGAGGGAGCUGUAAUGAUGGCUUAAAUACUUAUACAUGUACUUGCACGUCUGCUUAUACUGGUGAUCGUUGUGACAAAGCAGUUAGUAGCAGUAAUAAAAGUAAAGAAAUUGGAAUGUGGGUCGGCAUUGGCAUCGCCAUCUUAGUUGUUAUUAUCAUUAUUGCUGUUAUUGCCUUCAAGUACUGUAACAAAGAGCGUGGAAUGCAGGGCACCUACAGUCCGAGUAGACAAGAAAAGGGACAGGUUGAGAUGGCUUCCAUGCCACCUAUUCCACCGAAAGAAAGGCUUAUCUAAUAGAACUCUGCGGCCAAACGUGGUGCAAUUGUAGCAUUGUUGAUCUAGUGCUGUAUAGGUCCUGAAAAUAUAUGAAAUUCGAAACAGAUAAAUCAUUGACGUUGGAUUUCAAAAGGCAAAGUUCGUCGGCUGUGAAGCUCUCCUGCAUAUUCACAACAAUGAAAAGCCCUUUUGGAAACAACCUAGGUUUUUCCAUCGAAGGAUUUAUAUGAUUUGUAGCGCUCUUUCCAGAGAGAUUAAGUUGUAUAUUAUCCUGAAUUACUCUGAACCAUAUAUUACUAAACCAUAUUUACACAGAUCGUCGGAUUCCAUUCAUUUAACAUCCAGGUAGUUUACAAGAUCUAUGAUUGGCAUUUGUAACUGAUAUUAUUUCCGAGGCCUUUUGACGUUUUAUCUAAGGGGUAGUUGCCCCGCCUUUGCUUAAGAUAAUAGAAUAUUUUUGAACAAAGCUCGAAACCCUUAGAAACAGGGUAUGCUGAAUUAUACCCCCCUCCCGAACAGACGUUAUUUUCUGCCUAAAAGUCAACUGCGCUAAUAGAAACUUCCUAGCGUUGGUCUGAUAAUGCCCCCCAUAAAUUUAAUUACAAAGGAUUAGUGGAAAGCCCGUUCCUUUUUACGUUAAACCUGAAACCCGUUUGAGGCUAAGUCACCUGUCAAGUUUAUUGUUACAUUUCCCAACUAUCAUAUUACAAAUUCAGAAUCCCAGUCAUAUGCAAUCACAAUGCAAUUGAAAAUAUUUUUUUUCUGAUUUUUUUAUUCGUAGUAUGUAUCUUGCCGAAGUGGUGUAAUUAUUUUCUAUUUUGUGCGAAUUUCAUGCAGUAUGCAGUUUCUAUGUAAGGAUGUAUGAUAUCAUGUUACUCUGUUCAUUGGAGAUUUAGAUUUUCAUAAAGUUUCUAUGCCGACGUGUUUAACCUUUUAAAUGAGGCGGCUUUUCUGUCUCCCAUUGAAAAUUUAUGACAGCUAGACUGAAAUUUCCUGACAGAUUGACUUGCCCCCCGUAAUAAUGUUUCAGCCCCGACGGUCCCUCCUUCAGCUUCAAGAACCUAGACCCAGGGACUGCGGAAGUGGGGGCUACGGGGGCUUUGUUCCCUCCCCCCACAAAUUUCCAAAAUAUACAAUAACCAUACAAAAAUUGUCCUGCAUUUGUUUUUAUCAUAUUAAGCCCAAAUCUCCAAAAAACGUUUUAGCCCCCUCAAUCUGUAAUAUGCUCGGUGGCCCUUGCCUAGACCUCCCAUAUUCAGAAUCCACCUGAACUUUAAUUUGAGAGGCCUUACGACGUGAAAUUAUAUGUUUUGACAGUAUCACAUGUAACAGUCUUGGUUACUGUUUAUAGGCUAAUUUUGGUAACCCGUUUAAGAUCUACAAUUAUCAUUGACAUUUGAAGCUUUACAGGAAUAAGUUAACAGUUUUUCUUUAUAUAUCGUUUUCACAAGAUUUUUGAGUAUAUUAUGUUAUGAAUUGUAUUUAAUAAAAGAAGGUGUACAUAGUUGAACGUUGUAAUAUCUAGCUGUUUUUGCGAAGUACUAAAUAGUAAUAGACGUUAUUUCUGCAAAUUUUUGUGGCGAAUCAAAUUGAAGGGGCAUUGGCUAUUGAUUUUUUAUAUGCAUUAUAGAAAGUUCUCCUGAAGAUUUUCAAAUCAUUCGAGUAAAAUCCCGCAGAUUCAAAACCUUGUUAUUGUGAAGUGAAAGGUGCUGGAGUCAUUUAUGGUCGGUUAUUGGAAACAUUAUGUAGAAUUUAUUUUGUAUUUUUUAUCAUUCUAAAUUUCUCUUCCCAUUUUCUAGGAGCUCUUGCUCAGCAAAAUGGUAAUCAAUUUGCAUAUGUUUUAUUAAUCUGUCCUGGUUUUCGCAUCUAAAUACGUUUUUAGUUGCAAUAUUACGUACAACUGUUUCGAUUUAGGAACUUGCUGUGAGGAUAAUGUAUUCCAUCUAGUCUAGAUAUAGUUUUUCUGCUGAUCACCUUCUUUCGAUGAAGAUUUUGAAUUGAUUUUUACUUAAGAUGAUCGCUCGAUGUGAUUAUUUCUCUAAGCAUUCUAAGUAGACCCUUCUCGCAUAUAGGCUUUGAAUUUUAGGUACGCAAACGUUUGCUAAAA